UAUUAGAUUUGCCUUUAUAUAUAUUUUAGAGCAUAUAAAAUCCAAACAAAAAAGACGAUUAAACAAUUCAGCAAUUAGACAUGAGCAGGGAAAGGCCACGUUGCAAAACACAACAAUAUUCAAUGAUAUUUCUCAUUCAACUAAUUGGUGGAAAAAUAAAUUACUGAUUACUGUUCGGGAAUCAACUUUCAUCGAAGCAAAUCUGACGAAAUUCCCGGAUUCGAAAUGAAGAUUCCGAUUCAAUACAUCCUUCUUAUUUUUAUUGAGGCAUUUUCAUUGAUUAAAGGAGAGAAAUGCUGGAUGCCCAUGGUUUGCGACGGGAAACCUACUUGGAGAGACCUUAAUACGACGAGACAGUGCACAAAAGACGAAGAGAAGGCUUUGAAAGCUUUAACGGAACGAUUAGACGGGAUGGAGAGUAAGCUCAAUCAAUUGGAAAGGACGAUGGAAGAAUCAGUGACGAACUCAGUGCCGCCCUCUGUUGUAAAUGUCAAAGAAACGACCAAGCCCUCUGUUGUAGAUGUCAAAGAAACGACCACGACUAAGGCAUACAAAGACAAGAAAACUACUUCUGCCCGUACUUCAACCGUCCCUGCUACAUCCCCGUGGUCAACUAAGGAAACCUUUCUCUCUACUGUGCGCCCACAAACUACAAAAGUCGAACAGAGUACAGUUACAGUACUCACCUGCCCAGCGCCUGAUGCUCCAGACAACGGGACUGUAGACACCGCAACUGCUUUAGAGGUCAAUCAGACUAUCGAAUAUUCAUGCAAUGCUGGAUACGUUCUUCAAGGAUCAAACAUGGGAAAAUGCGAAGAAAAUGGAACCUGGGGGGAAGUGCCCACUUGCGUAGUCGAUCUUACAUGUGAUUUUGAGUUUUCAACCAACCCUACAUGCGGCUACACGAGACUUAAUGGAACGUUUCAGAGAGAAUACAGAGAUGAAGACGUUACAGGUUAUGUUCUUUCUGGUAAUGGUACAAUCAGGUCCUUACCCAAGGCUUUGACUGGCAAUGAGGAACUAUGCAUGAGUGUCGACAUAAAAGGGACAUCUGAUGGAGAACUAGUGGCCAAGGCUCACAAUGGAACUGUAACGAAAGCAAUCUGGCCGUUUUCUGCCUCAACUACCUGGAAAACAGAAAAAUUCAUUUUAAAGAAAGUUUACUCUACAGAUACAGAGGUCCAACUUGAGCUUGAGUCAUCCGGGAAUGUAGAGUUAGACAACAUAACAACAUUGAACUCUUCCGAAUGUUAUGGUUUGGCUACACCAUGUUCCAAGCGAAAUCUUGAGAACGGAACAAUUUCUCCUGAGCAGGACUUAUACAGUGAGGAUCAAGAGGUGCGUUACUCUUGCAGCAAUAGUUCCAAAUUAGAAGGGGGACAGACGGGAACAUGCAAAGCUGAGGGGUCAUGGUCCACAACACCAGUUUGCACUCCGACCACACCAUGUGCGAAGCGUAAUCUUGAGUACGGAACAAUUUCUCCUGAGCAAGACUUGUACAAUGAGGAUCAACAGGUCAGUUACGCUUGCAACAAGGAUUACAUUUUGGAAGAAGGACAGACGGGAACAUGCAAAGCUGGCGGUUCAUGGUCCACAACACCUGUUUGCACUCUGAGAUGUCCGGUUGUCUAUAAAUCGAAAUGCUUUCGAGCGAUUGUUACUGACACGCGGGACGUGCAUUUAAGCGUCUCUAUAUCUAAAUGCGGAGACAAUCUUGCUACCAUAUAUGACGUCACACACUACAACCUGCUUCGAGAUUACUUACGACCAAUGGUUCCCGAUGGACAGUCAGUUUUUUAUGUUCAUACGGGAAUGACUUACAGGGAAGGCCAGCUGUAUUCAUCGACGAAACAAGCUAUGUCUCUGCCACAUAAUAUUUGGCGUCCUGAUUUUCCGUCUUCCGAUGCUCGUAACACACAUGUUAUUGUUGUUGUCAGUCGGGACCCGGAGUCCAGGCUUCAAGGGAUUUUUAAUCAUCGUGCUUCUAAUGAAUAUCACGGAGGCAUCUGUGAAAAUGAAUUGUAACUCUGUCUAUUGAAUGAUCGAUGAACAAAGACUGUAGAAUUACUGUAGUUUAAACGUAAUUGUUAAUCACCCCAGUAGCUUUAUCAAAACUUACUAUUUCCACAGUUGAACAACCAUAAGAAAUACCCUGUUCAUCCUUACCAUAAUACGUACCUACAGAUAAUACACACAUGUAUUUUAGCGCGGUUUCCGCUCCUCUCUUUCGUUGCGGGUGUUGGAACGUUUUAGGCAUUCUUCUGCUUUUUGUUAUCUAUAUAUUGGGAUUAAUAUGUCGUUUUAAAUAUUUGUCGUCCAACGGUCUGCCAAUCGUGGUGUACUGUUAUUUGACAUUGAAGCAUCAUGAUGUGAUUAUGAGAUAUAAUUAGGGUGCAGAAUACCUAUUAAUAACGUGUUCAAGACGGGUAAUUUAAAGAUACUUUUAAUUGAUAAAAGCCUUUAAAACGUCACAUUGAUAGAUCGGCAUAAAAGCUCGAAGAAUAUUAAAUUCCUACUUUGAACAAGGUCCUGCACGGGGAUUUACUUAUACUUGGAAAAAUAAGUAUCGUUUGUUUUGACUCUGCUCGA